GUUGAAGCAGAGGAGAGCGUGUAGUUAACAGCUUGUACAUAUUUUAAAUAGCGUUUUUCAGCUCGAGUGUUGUUUAGGCAUAAAUAACCAGGACAUUUAACACAAGGCUUUUCGAACAACUGCAACGUUAUAGGGGCCACAGAUAUAGACACACUAGUCGUAUAACCAAGCAUUUGGCCAGACUGCGCGUUAGCAAAGCUAACAGUUCCUUACACUCAAAAGAGACACACAAAGGAAAUGCGGUCGAUUGGUUUGAAAAUAUUAACGAUAAUAAGAGGAGUUGUUUAAAUGACCGAGGGAGAUAAUAACUGUUAUCUGCAAAUACUUCGCAACACAGACAAUGUCUCACGCUCUGUUGUAACUUUCAGUCAGUGGAAUGGUCUUUGUUAAAACAGAAACAUCUCAGAUUUGACUCGCGACUCUGGAUUUGUCAGUCUGUUAAUACUAGUUUAUCUGACUUCGACAUUUUUGACAAACGGCAUUGCUAACUCGUCGAGUGCUUACCAGUUACAAUAGAACGGUUUUCAUGCUAACUAAUGUUAUGUGAAGAAUGAAGCUGCCGUUAUGGCGAUAAGCGUGAAAAGUAAGAUGCCCAGAGACUCAUAUCCUGAAAGAAAAAGAAGGUAGCUAACUGCGAGGUAGCUAACGUUUAGCGAAGUAGUCGCCCGGCUAGUGUUAGCUGUUCUGAAGAGGGUAGUUCACCUCAUCCAGUGUCACAACAGUUUAAUGGUGUUUUACUCGAUUGUAGUCGACUAUGUGAGAGUCUGGCCCGGGUGUAUAUAAACAGUUACGAUAACGUUACGGUGUUUUGGAGCAGGGUUAAGUUAGGAUUUAGCUAACAGGCUAAUUAGUUAGCUUAGCCAAAGCUAACACAGUAGCUGUCCAUUAUAAAGUGACGACAGCCAGUUCUUAUUGCUGCUGAGUUUAAGUGACAGGGAGGGAACGAAAGUGAUUAUUUUCCCGUGAGACUAACAAUGGCAGCCCCCACAAACGAGGCCUUGUUUUUGAUAAAGGAUGUGAAGCCCGGGUCGAAAAAUUUGAAUAUCGUAUUCAUCGUUUUGGAAAUAGGACGAGUAACCAAAACGAAAGAUGGUCAUGAGGUGCGCUCAUGCAAGGUGGCAGACAAGAGCGGCAGCAUUGCUAUAUCUGUAUGGGACGAACUCGGCAGCCUCAUUCAGCCAGGGGACAUCAUCAAGCUGACCAGAGGCUAUGCAUCCAUAUGGAAAGGUUGCCUGACCCUAUACACUGGAAGAGGAGGGGAUCUACAGAAGAUUGGAGAGUUCUGUAUGGUGUAUUCAGAAGUGCCCAACUUCAGUGAACCAAAUCCAGAGCUGCUAGCCCAAGCGAACCAGCAAAACAAGUCUGGUAAACCGGACCAGAAUCAGAGGGGGAAUUCUCCGCCCAAUCAGAAUUCAGGUACACCUGCCCCACCAGGUAAUGGUGCCAUGCCGCCAUUUGCUAACAACAAUCCAACCCCGGGGGCACCCCGUGACCCCGCAUUUGGGAAUGUUGGGCGAUCCAACGGUCGGUCACCUGGCAAUGGAGCACCUCCUGUUUCUGUUUCUGGACCCCCAGCAGCCGCAAAGUCCUCAGUUACAAUUAGCAACGGCAGGGAUCCACGCCGUGCCAAAAGAUGAAAUAGGGGCCUGGGGGUCGGGGUAAUGUGAGGAAAAUUAUGGACAUCCUCAUUUCCCCCUGCCCCGUUUUUAACUUUUCUGAGCCUUCUUGAUCACAGCAUAGAUUGGCUUUCAAAACAAUGAGUUACAUUACGGACUAUUUGCAUAAUUUUUAUACAGUCUAUGGAAGUCAAAAUGUGUCGUUUGUCAUGCGUAGUGCAAGUAGUGCUCUCAGCAAGCAGCACUGUGUGAUUGUGAUCUACCACUUGAUGCACUAGCAGGACUUCUUGUAUAGUCAAGCCCUGAUGGUUGAGUUGUGGCCAGCCUUCUCAGUCCUACACCCUUGUCCUCUAAAUCUCACUGCAAAUUGCCUGUUCUGUGCCAGUGUUACCUUCCCCCUCACACUGUUCUAAUCCCCCUUGCCUGUUCGAACUAUACACCCUACUUGAACACUUGAUGCACUUUCUUCUCUUAAUUUAUGUCGGGGGCAAACUUGGCUGUCAUUUAAAUCAGGAAAUGAGUUUCUGCUCUUUGGUGGAAAAGGCCUUAAGUUAGUGAAAGUGGGUUCAUGGAUUGAAUGCACAAGCGAAAAAUCUUCAAAGGGUCUUCCCUCUCUUAACCAAACUGUACCCGAAGUGACUCUGUGAAAGGAAAGGUGUUAGUUUUGAAUUUUUAAACUGUUUUUUCCAUAAGACAUGUUUUUCUCAUUUGCCAUCAAUUGUACCUUCAUCAAGGUGGGACCACUGAAAUACUGGCAAAAUGGUUCACCGAAUAAAUUUGACAGUAAUUUUGCUGCCA